UCUCUCUGACUGUGUAGCCAUGGGUUUCUUCGACCUGAACAUACCGUACCUCGAAUCCUCUCCAUCCGAUAAGACGGCAUUCAAAGCCACGCGAACGAAGCUCGUGAUAAAGGCCAUGGAGCUGGGCUACACCGGAAUCGCCUACAACCGUACGAUCAAGGGCGUGAUGUCCGAUCACGACCGUUGCUCCAUCUCCCUCCUCACUCUCUCGUCUCUCCUCAAGCUCGCGCCCUCUCUCUCCUCCUCCGUCAAUCUCCACCGCGACCUACUCGGCGUCCCACUUGCCUCCCCCUUCCGCCAGUACACGCGCCUCACCGUAUGCGCCGAGGGCCCCUCUCAGGCCCAGGCCCUAAACUCCGGGAACCCUAUUUUGAAGACCUACGACUUGGUUGCUGUUCGGCCCUUGAACCAGACCGUCUUCGAUCAGGCCUGUGAGAAACUGGAGGUAGAUAUAAUCGCGAUUGAUUUCUCAGAGAGGCUGCCUUUCCGAUUGAAGCUGCCUAUGGUCAAGGCCGCUAUUAAGCGUGGAGUUUAUUUCGAGCUCACAUAUUCCGAUCUUAUCGUAGAUGUCCAAACUAGGAGGCAAAUGAUAUCCAAUGCUAAGUUACUGGUGGAUUGGACUCGAGGAAAAAAUCUCAUUUUCUCGAGUGGUGCCCCUUCUGUAAAUGAACUUAGAGGGCCAUAUGACGUUGCAAAUUUAUCGUUAUUGCUUGGGCUCUCCAUGGAACGAGCUAAAGUGGCUAUUUCCAGAAAUUGUAGGACUCUUGUAGCUAAUGCUUUAAGGAAAAAACAGUUUCACAAGGAGGCCAUUAGAGUUGAAGUAAUACCAUCAGGUGUAUCAUUAGACUCCAACAAACCUUUGUCUGGUGAUUGGUUUAAAUGGGAUCCCAUCUCUAGUGGUGAAGGUGAUUUGCUAUUAGAGGACAUGGCAAAGUCUUUCUCCGCCUCCAGUAAAGUAUCAAAAUCUGUGAAAGCCCUAGAUUUUGCUUCAGUUAUUGACAGCAUGCCAUCAUAUGGUUUUCAAGUCAAGGCUUUGAUAUCUCAAACUGAGACUGUGCCCCAACCUCCAGAUUAUGGGAAAGACUUUUUGUCUGCUGCUGAAGUAGUUGAGAUAUCUGCUGCAGCCAGUGGACUGCCUGAACAGUCAGGCAAACUUGAUCUUUUUCCAGAACCAGAUCAAACUUCAUCACAUGAUUUUUCAUUAAUACAUCAAACCUCUGGCUGUGAAAAUUAUCAGAAUUUAUAUUCAGCAAGUGAUACUACAAAAGCUUUAACAAACUCUGAGGAAAUUAGAACUCCUACAUCCACCUCUAACGAGGAAAAAGAGAAUCCAAAUGGGUCAGAUGUGAAUCUUUCCUUGAGUGUAGCAGAAAAGCAUGAUUUACAAUUACAAAUAUGUGUCGCUAAUUCUGAAUCACAUAUUGUUCCGGAAAAUGAAAAUUGCACGUUUCAUGCAUCAACGAAGGGCUUGGAGUUAGAUGCUCCUUGUGAUGCUGAUGCUAAAAGACAACUUCCUACACUGCCCGAGGAUAUAGUUCUUCUUUCUCCUACGAACGAAGAGUCUAAGAGUACAAAAAGUUCUAAUGUAGUCUUAGGUUUUGAUAUGGAGGGGGUGUUAAUGGAGGUAGAUAUGAAAAAUCAAGAAAAUACAUCUUUGGCCUUAAAUGAUGUGUCUUUACAUGAGCAGUUUCCAGAGGGAGAACAAUAUAGGGAACCUGGGAAUGAUGCGGCUAUACUCACUGAUCACCUUCCAAUCCCAGAGUCUUUUAUUGAUAUGACAAUUACAGAUGAUGCUUCAGUUACAAAUCGUGAGUUGGCAGAGGUGACAAUGGAAGAGCAAAGGCAUGGAGAAGCUGAUGCUGAAGUUCAUCAUCCAACCUUCGUUCAAUCUAUUUCAGGGAAAUCAAGACCAAAAUGGAGAGCAUCUAAUCGAGCAUGUUUAUUUCCUUUCAAGCCAUUGUUGAAUCCUAUGGCUUUCAAGAAAAAAUCUAAGAAAAUCAAAAGCUGGGUCAAGAUGCUGUAGCUGUAAAGUGAUUUUUGUUUUUUUUUUAGUAAUGCUAUUAUAUAUACAACUCUUUUACAACUUUUAACAUGUGUCCGCAUGUGAUUGGAGCAAAAAAUUGUAAGCAUCUAACACUCGAUCACUCUUUAAUCACAUGGUGACAAAUGUCAAAAGUUGUAAAAAAAGUAUAAGAGUGUAUGUCUAGUAAUUUUUUUUUUUCUCUCUAAUUAUUCCCAUUGAUCAGCUAUUUAGAAUUGAGUGCAGUCCAGUACGGACUUUUUCUUUGCAUCAUUUGUAACCACUCAUUUGAAUGGUGGUAAAAUUUUGUCAUCUAUCUUUUAUUUAUAUCCAAAUUUUAGCCAUGAUUUUAAAGGAGAAUGGAAGUAGUGAAAUGUC